AUGGACUUGACCGCGGACUUCAAGUCUUUUCAAGAUCUCAUACAAUCAUCCCUCAUCGACGUGACGAGGACGGCAACUCAAAUCUCUAACCAAGAUCUGAGUUUCCAUCGCUCGUCCAGCGAAAAGCUGUCCCGUGCCCUUGACCGUCAGAACACGCAUCUUCUGCGCUUGACCAGCAGUCUGCUCAAGGCUGCCACUAAAGAUACCACUCUCAAACCCCCUGCUGUGCGAGACCAGGAUGACAUCGAGGACAAUUGGCGUGGAAUAGUCGACGUGGUUGACGACCUCCUUGAAAAGGCGGAUUCCGCACUUGAUGAAUACUCUGGCGUCAUUAAGCGUCAAAGCCCUGGUCAAGAUCCAGAACCUCCAGCCAAGCGAGUCAGGACAGGAAGAGGACUUCACGCAUGGGCUUCAGAGAAUACUCAGAAGCCCCAGCUCCAAUUCGAUCGACACGUGAACAACGCCGAGACAAAACCAUGGAAACCUCUACUGAGAGAGAAGCCGCAUGCUAUCGUUCCUUUGGACGAGAGUAUCGGUAAUGAGGACACAGGUUACAAGCACCCAUACCUACACGAGAUCGAGCAAUACACCUAUCCAGCUUCGGUGUAUGAAUCCAGGCCUCCUGUUCCAUUUGCACCACCGGAGGACAGUAAGCCGAUAUUCGUCGACACUGAGGAAGGAGUGAGGGAAAUGCUGGAAGAGUUGAAGGGCGCUUCAGAAAUUGCGAUUGACCUUGAGCAUAAUGACCAGCGCUCAUACGUGGGUAUGGUGUGUCUCAUGCAGAUCAGCACCAGGGAAAAAGAUUGGAUCAUUGACACUCUAAAACCAUGGCGGGAGAACUUGCAAAUCCUGAACGAAGUCUUUACCGACCCAAAGAUCCUGAAAGUGUUUCAUGGCUCCAACAUGGACAUCAUCUGGCUGCAAAGAGAUCUCGGCCUGUACGUCGUGGGCCUCUUCGAUACCUACCACGCAUGUUGCGCCCUUCAAUUUCCCGGCAAGGGCUUGAAGCAUCUGCUGCACCAGUUUGCAAAUUUCGAGGCCCAGAAACAAUACCAGACCGCGGACUGGAGAAUACGACCUCUUCCCAAGGAGCUAGUAGAUUAUGCCCGUUCAGAUACUCAUUUUCUGCUCAACAUCUACGACAAUCUUCGCAACCUGUUGAUUGAAAGCUCCAACCCGGCCGAAAAUCUCACGGAUUAUGUACUGGCGCAGUCGAAGAAAGAGGCCCUCCAGACUUACGAGCGCUCUGUGUAUGACAUGGAAAGCGGGCGUGGCCCACUUGGGUGGCUGGGACUUCUACUGCAACGAUCUGUCCGGUUCAGCAACGAACAGUUUGGUGUUUUCCGAGCCGUUCAUGCCUGGCGAGACCGGAAAGCACGAGAGCUAGAUGAAGGUCUACAGUACAUUCUUCCGAAUCGCAUCCUCUGGCAGCUUGCAGAGAGUAUGCCCACGUCAAAUUUCAAUUUCCACGCCGUUUUCAGAGGCAGUGCCCCAAAAUCAGUCUUGGACCACUUACCUGAGUUACUCGAAGCUGUCAAGACCGGCAAAUUCGAGGGCCGUACUGGACCUUCUGUUCAGGAAGUGUUGCAGCAUAAUGAGGAGGUGUACGGCAUCGCGCCACGCCGACUACCAAGGGAGAAAAGAGAACCUGCAGCAACCACAAUCCAGGGGCUAGGCGCGACCUUGAAGCAAUUGGUUGCCAGUGGCGACGUCGGUGCUUCGCCAGCUUCAUUGAAUUAUGAUGGUGGCAUGGAUGUGGAUGUGGACGUCGAAACGCCGGUCGCCACGCGCUCUUCGGCAUCCAUGUUUUGGGGUGGCAUCACUCCGCAGCUUGCACAUUUGCCUGCCCAACUAGACACCGUGAUGACUGCGCUCCAGUCCGUCUUGCCUCUGCCGUCUGUCCCGCAAGAUCCUGCGCAAGAGCCCCUUCCCGCUGAACAGGCGACCCCUGUCGAAGCCGAGCCCAUUGCAACCACAAAACCCGCUGUCAAAGCACAAUCUCAACCCAAGGAAGCCGAGAUCUUCACACUGAAAGACGCGGCUACUGCGAAGAAGCGGAAGGCGGACGAAACGACGGAGGCAGCAGAUCUGCCAGUGUCGACCCUGGGGGCAGAACCGCCCAAUGCCUCUAGCGACUCGCCGAAGGACCCUGCAUUCGAGGGAAUGCGUCAAGCCAGAAAACAGAGGAAGGCAGAGAAGAAGGCGAAGAAGGAAGCCGACAGACUUGCCGCCGAGAACGCGGCCAAGGCGACACAACCGUUCGACUAUGCGAGCGCGGAAUCCCUUCUCAAGCCGCAGGCGCAGGCAGCAAAAGCCGAUACAGAUGCGAAAGGAGGCAAGAGGAUGAAUCCAUUUGCAAAGGCGUUGGACACCACCACCGGGGCGAAACGGGGCAGGAUGGGCAAGGAGUUGGCAGGCAAGAGCAUGACCUUCAAGUCCUAA